AUGAGACAUGCAUCUAGCUUCUUUAGAGCCGGUGUCUCAGCCUGCAAAUUGCCAGCGACGAAUGGUGUGUUCUUCAGCUCUGGAUUUGGCUACAAAUACGACUGCGCUCCUAGCAAGGGCACCGUCAAUGCGAUCCUCAUCUUCAUCGACUUCCCGGACCAGACUGCAUCAGAAGCUUCUCCGCAAGAGGUCUACGAUCUCCUGAUACCCCAGGCCCAGCAAUGGUUCAACACGUCCUCCUACGGUCAGCUGUCGCUCAACAUCACCGCAGACACGAGCCGCUUCUACCGCAUGCCAAAGAACGCCGCCGACUACAAUUUUGUUAGACCUUUAUCACAGCAAGCUCACUAUGCCUACGUUCAAGACGCGUUGGAGCAGUGGCUUGCUGUCACCAAUACGCCGGUUCCCAAGGUUAACAGCACCGAGGGCCCCCUGACCGAUAUCUUCUACGUCAUCCCGACCAGGAACGCCACGGGUAUUGAGUUGUCUGCAGCGCUCACUGGUGGCGCGUAUACUAAGAAUGUCAACUACGUUGCGAGAAAAGCCGUCACAAUGGGUAUUGACACAUUCGAUUGGUGGGGUUAUAAGGCGGUGAAUCACGAGACGGGCCAUACCUUCUGCUUGCCGGAUCUGUAUCCCAUACCGACGGGCUACACGGGCAUGUACGCCGGCAAUUGGGACAUGAUGGCCGACGUGGGUGCGUCCAGCCCGGAUUACUUCGCGUGGGAUAAGUGGAGGUUAGGCUGGCUCUCCGAUGACCAAAUCGAGUGCCUCGUUCCGUCUGCCGGUUCCCUAAACGGCAGCAACAUCACCUCCUCGACGACGCAUAAACUCACACCACUCGAGACUAUGGAUGGCAUGAAAGCCGUGGUCGUGAAGCAAAAUAAGACUACGGCAUUGGUUGCCGAAGUGAGGUCGAAGGAGGGUAACAAUCUUAACUCGUGUACGACUGGCGUCUUGCUCUACACUGUGGCGACAGACCGUGGUACGGGCGAGGGUCCGAUCCGAGUCCUCGAUGGAAACCCCGGCUGGGGAACAGCCUCUUGCAUCAACGACAAUCUUGACAAUGCGCCGUUGAGUUUGGCGGGCGAAGGUGCAAGCUCUUACACCUCGACAGAUCUGGGUGUGACGGUUACCGUGGUGGAGCAGAACGGCGAUGAUUACACAAUCCGCAUUGAUAUAUCAUAA